AUGUCUGCACCUCUCUCGGCUGAGGAGGAGCGAAGAUACACGGAGAUCAUCGAUGGCAUCCUAGCAACUGCCAACCUCGAGACAAUUUCACGCAAGAAGAUUCGAGAAGGACUUGAAGCAGCGCUCGGCGGCAAGGACUUGAGAGACCAAAAGACCGCCAUCAAGCUCUUGAUUGAGGAACGGUUUGAUGCUAUUUCUACCGAUCCCGAGACUGCCCCGCCAGCCCCAGAUGCGUCCGCAAGCUUAGCAAGUGCUUCGCCGCCCAAGCGACAGGCUAAUGGCCAUGAUCAUGAUGACCUGGACGCCAGCCUGGACAUGGAUGGUGACGAGAUUCGCGUCUCGGUUCAGCCACCAAAGAAGAAGCAACGGAAGAGCGAGGACACGGAGGAUGCUGAUGCAAAACUGGCUGCCAUGCUGCAAGCGCAAGAGAAUCGGAUGGGCCGUGCAACGCGAGGUGGUGGGCCCAAGUCGAAGGCCGCAAAGAAAAAGGCGACGCCCAGGAAGAAGAGCUCCAACAAAAUCCGGCCCGAGGAUGACAGCGAUAUUUCAGGAAGCGAUGCUUCGGGUCCGAAGCGACGCAAGGCUGGAGGCGGCUUUCAAAAACCGUUCAAUUUGAGCGAAGCCCUGGCCGAUGUCUGCGGCGAACCAACUCUUUCCAGACCGCAGGUUGUCAAGAAGUUGUGGGAGCACAUCAAAGGCAACGAGCUACAGGACCCGAAGGACAAGCGACAGAUCUUAUGUGACGAGAAACUGCAAGCUGUUUUCAAGCAGUCGAAGGUAGACAUGUUCCAGAUGAAUCGGUUGGUUGGAGCCCAUCUCUACCCAGUAGAUGAGGUUCAGUGA